UGUUACAUCCGAGACGGUUACUGCAACAGAUGAUGAUAUCCAAUCAACUGCUGUUACAUCUGAAACAGUCACUGCAACGGAUGCUGAUAUCCAAUCAACUGCUGUUACAUCUGAGACAGUCACUGCAACAGAUGCUCAUAUCCAAUCCACUGAUGUUACAUCUGAGACAGUCACUGCAACUGAUGCUAAUAUCCAAUCCACUGAUGUUACAUCUGAGAAAGUCACUGCAACGGAUGCUGAUAUCCAAUCCACUGAUGUUACAUCUGAGAAAGUCACUGCAACAGAUGCUGAUAUCCAAUCCACUGAUGUUACAUCUGAGACAGUCACUGCAACUGAUGCUGAUAUCCAAUCCACUGAUGUUACAUCUGAGACGGUCACUGCAACUGAUGUUGAUAUCGAAUCCACUGAUGUUACAUCUGAGUCGGUCACUGCAACGGAUGCUGACAUCCAAUCCACGGAUGUUACAUCUGAGACAGUCACUGCAACAGAUGCUGAUAUCCAAUCCACGGAUGAAACAUCUGACACAGUCACUACAACGGAUGCUGAUAUCCAAUCCACUACUGUUACAUCUGAGACAGUCACUACAACGGAUGCUGAUAUCCAAUCCACUUCUGUUACAUUUGAAACAGUCACUGCAACAGAUGUUGAUAUCCAAUCCACGGAUGUUACAUCUGAGACAGUCACUGCAACGGAUGCUGAUAUCAAAUCUACUAAUUUCACAUCUGAGACAGUCACUACAACGGAUGCUGAUAUCCAAUCCACUACUGUUACAUCUGAGACAGUCACUACAACGGAUGCUGAUAUCCAAUCCACUUCUGUUACAUUUGAAACAGUCACUGCAACAGAUGUUGAUAUCCAAUCCACUGAUGUUACAUCUGAGACGGUCACUGCAACGGAUGCUGAUAUCCAAUCCACUGAUGUUACAUCUGAGAAAGUCACUGCAACGGAUGCUGAUAUCCAAUCCACUAAUGUUACAUUUGAGACAGUCACUGCAACUGAUGCUGAUAUCCAAUCUUCUACUUUUAUAUCUGAGACGGUCACUGCAACUGAUGCUGAUAUCCAAUCCACUGAUGUUACAUCUGAGACAGUCACUGCAACGGAUGCUGAUAUCCAAUCCACUACUGUUACAUCUGAGACGGUCACUGCAACAGAUGCUGAUAUCCAAUCCACUGAUGUUACAUCUGAGACAGUCACUGCAACAGAUGCUGAUAUCAAAUCCACGGAUGUUACAUCUGAAACAGUCACUUCAACUGAUGCUUAUAUCCAAUCCACUGAUGUUACAUCUGAGACAGUCACUGCAACAGAUGCUGAUAUCCAAUCCACGGAUGUAACAUCUGAGACUGUCACUACAAUGGAUGCUGAUAUCCAAUCCACUGAUGUUACAUCUGAGACAGUCACUGAAACGGAUGCUGCUAUCAAAUCCACUGAUGUUACAUCUGAGACAGUCAGUGCAACAGAUGCUGAUAUCCAAUCCACUGAUGUUACAUCCGAGACAGUCACUGCAACUGAUGCUGAUAUCCAAUCCACUGAUGUAACAUAUGAGACGGUCACUGCAACGGAUGCUGAUAUCCAAUCCACUAAUGUUACAUCUGAGACAGUAACUGUAAUUGAUGCUGAUAUCCAAUCCACUAAUGUUACAUCUGAGACGGUCACUGCAACUGAUGCUGAUAUCCAAUCCAUUGAUGUUACAUAUGAGACGGUCACUGCAACGAAUGCUGAUAUCCAAUCCAUGGAUGUUACAUCUGAGACAGUCACUGCAACUGAUGCUGAUAUUCAAUCCACUGAUGUAACAUCUGAGACAGUCACUGCAACAGAUGCUGAUAUCCAAUCCACUGAUGUUACAUUUGAGACGGUCACUGCAACGGAUGCUGAUAUCCAAUCCACUGAUGUUACAUUUGAGACGGUCACUGCAACGGAUGCUGAUAUUCAAACCUCUUAUGUUACAUCUGAGACGGUCACUGCGACGGAUGCUGAUAUCCAACCCACUGAUGUUACAUCUGAGACGGUCACUGCAACGGAUGUUGAUAUCCAAUCCACUACUGUUACAUCUGAGACAGUCACUGCAACGGAUGCUGACAUCCAAUCCACUACUGUUACAUCUGAGACAGUCACUGCAACGGAUGCUGAUAUCCAAUCCACUGGUGUUACAUCUGAGACGGUCACUGCGACGGAUGCUGAUAUCCAAUCCACUGAUGUUACAUCUGAGACGGUCACUGCAACGGAUUUUGAUAUCCAAUCCACUACAGUUACAUCUGUGACAGUCACUGCAACGGAUGCUGAUAUCCAAUCCACUACUGUUACAUCUGAGACAGUCACUGCAACGGAUGUUGAUAUCCAAUCCACUGAUGUUACAUCUGAGACGGUCACUGCGAUGGAUGCUGAUAUCCAAUCCACUGAUGUUACAUCUGAGACGGUCACUGCGACGGAUGUUGAUAUCCAAUCCACUACUGUUACAUCUGUGACAGUCACUGCAACGGAUGCUGAUAUCCAAUCCACUACUGUUACAUCUGAGACAGUCACUGCAACGGAUGCU